AUGGAUCCAAAAAAAAUAUCGCAUCCCGCCAUUGUGGAGCUCGACGGGGCGUACUGGUUCCAAGAAAAGUCAGAAGAAUCGUUUCCUGGUCAAAGAUUUUGCCUUGAAGUCGACGAGAUUUUGCACCAUUCGCACUCUGAGUUUCAAGAUAUUCUCAUAUUCAAGUCCAAGACGUUUGGAAAUGUGUUGGUUUUGAAUGGCAUUAUCCAGUGCACCGAGAAGGACGAGUUUGCAUACCAAGAGUUGAUUACCCACACUGCCAUCAUGUCUCAUGAAAAACCUUCGAAUGUGUUGGUGAUUGGAGGUGGAGACUGUGGAGUAGUCAGAGAGUUGGUCAAGCAUUUGGAUCGUGGUGUUGAUACCAUUACUAUGGUGGAGAUCGAUGAUAUGGUGAUCAAAUUGCUGGCUCAGUACUUGCCGCACAUGGCAAAGUUCCAUGACCAUCCUCGGGUCAAUAUUGUCAUUGACGAUGGGUUCAAAUUCUUGCGUGAAAAUAAGAGUAAAUUCGACGUUAUAAUCACUGACUCGUCGGAUCCAGAGGGUCCUGCCGAGGAGUUUUUCCGAACCAGCUACUUUGAGCUUCUUUCCAAUGCACUUAGUCCAAACGGGGUGGUUAUAAUGCAGAGCAGUGAGAACGUAUGGCUCAAUAUUGACAAACUCAAAGAACUUGUUUCGCUGUCGCGCCAUGUUUUCGAAAACGUCAAGUACUGCCAGUGCUAUAUGCCAUCCUACACCAGCGGUCAGCUUGGUUUGAUUGUGGCUACACACAAUACUUCCCUUAAUCUCACCCAACCACUUCGCACUUUUGCAGCCGAUGAAGAAAAAAAGUUGUUCCAGUACUAUUCGGCUUCCGUGCACCAGGCGGCGUUUGUGCUUCCACGGUGGGCGGCUGAUAUUAAUGAGGUGGACACUUGA